AUGGGUACGGGUGGUGUGAUAUCUGCUGUGUUCAGCGCGAUGAUGGACGUAAUCUGGAGUGGGCAGUACUCAGCAAUUAAACCGCAGAGGUUUUUGCGUUUAUUCGCCAGCCAAGUGAACUCCUGCCUCGCUGAUGGUCACCAACAUGAUGCGUCUGAAUUUCAGUUAUUUCUUCUUGACGCUCUUCAUGAAGAUACCAACCAGGUGACGAAACGAGUGUCUUUUGAGCAAAAUUACAAGGGCGGAGCACAAAUAAUAAAUGAUGCUAAGGAUUACGAAAAGAAAAGUCGCUUGUUUUCGUGUUCGCCGGUGAAUAAAAUUUUCAAUUUGCAAACUGUUUCUGAGCUAUCCUGCACAGCAUGUGGCGAACAGUCUGCUACAUUUGAGGAAUGCAGUUUGAUAACUGUUGAGUUACCGGUACAUGCGUCUCGUACAAGUUUGCAUCAAUGCCUUAGCAGUCAUUUUUCACAAACAACUUUGGAUGGCGAUUGCCGUUGGAACUGCCCCAGGUGUCGAGCCCCAAAACGAGCAUCGCGUCUAACGAAACUCUGGUCACUGCCACCUGUUGUGGUACGCUUUUUUCGAAUGAUUUUUCUUCACAGAAUACACAUGCAUGGAUCAUAA